AUGCAGGCAAGAGCAAUAGAACAUAUAGUGUUUUCCCAUUCAAGAAGUAUACCUCAUGUACAUAUCACAGGAUUAAUUGAAUCAGGGGUAGAAGAUUUCGUUUGGAAUACAGGAGCAAAUUAUGUUCUGAACAACACAUGGAAAACUGGGAAGGUUAACUGCUUGCAUUGUGAUGGAAAUUUAAAAGUUCUUAUUCAUGACUUGUGCGAAAGCGUUCGUUUGCCCACCAAAAAAAUUGAUACAAUUGAAAGCCUUGGUGUUGCCAUAAGAAAUCUACUAAAUAAGACGCCUGGAGUUCAACUUCUUCUUAUGCUAACGGAUAGUGAUGGACUAUCCAAAUUGAACUCUCAUGCUCGGCAUGCCUUGUUAAAUUUGCCUCAAGCUGAUUUUCGGGUAAGAAUAGUGACGAUCAGCGAGCGAACUUGGCAACUGUUUGAAGUGGAUCAGUAUGUGGAGUCUUUCAACCCUGUCCAAUUGCAUUGGAAAUUAACUAGAGACCCAGUUGUAAUGGUAGAUGGAAUUCAAAAAAGGCUUGAUGUUGAAAGAUCUCUUGCUCAAACUGUGGUUGGAUCUGUUCAAGAACACACUCUUGAUCCGGCUAUCUUUGAUACAGUGGUCAUUCAGACUCUCCGAGAUACUUCUGAUAAUACUAAUUUUCGAGCUCGAGUUCCAGAAGUAUUUCGAAGUGUGGAAAAUCAGAAAAUGCUCAGUAAACACUCACAACAAGAGAACGACCUCCCUCUUUCCUUACGACUUCUACUAAUAGCCUCUUACUGUGCAACUCACAACACUCCCUCCACCGAUAAAAGGUUUUUCGCGAAGCAUCAUGGCAGAGAAGUCAGGAAUGAAGCUCAGGAUCGGCGUAAUGCUUUGAUUGAAAAUGAUCCCAAAGCCGUCGAUUUGCAAAGAAUUUAUUUUAUUUAUACCGUAUUAGCUCGGCUUCAGUCGGACGACAUCAAAAAACUUGGCGUGAAUCUUACUAACAGCAUAAACAUUCGAUCUCAAAUCACUACUCUAGUCGCUAUGGGAUUAUUAGCCAGAAGCUCAGCCAGUGCUAAUCUCGAUCAACCGAAGUAUAGAUGUAUUGUUUCCUUUGAAUAUGCUGGAAAGCUGGCAAGGUCAGUAGGAAUGGAGCUCACCGAUUAUCUUGAAAAGAAGUUUUAA